GCCAAAUACAGUCUCAGAUGCAUAUAUAUAAAGACACAUUGCCAUGUUGACAUUGUGUUAUACAUUAGGAAAAACAGUCCUACCACAGUCCAACUCCCUAUUUCAACCAAACAGACAAUCCGCUAUAAAUAAAAGUCAAUCCCCAAUUUCUCUAAUCAUCACCACUAUUUCUCACACAAGAAAGCAUCAUAACAUAAUGUCCACUCUCAAACCGUUGACGUUAUGGGGCAAAGGCGGCAUCAACCCCAGCAAAAUCGCCAUCCUCCUCGAGGAACUCCACAUCCCAUACGACGUAAACCCAUACCCAAUGUCCAAAGUUAAAGAUCCUGAAUAUCUCGCCCUCAAUCCCAACGGCCGUCUUCCCACCAUCGUGGAUCCAAACACCGACCUCACACUCUGGGAGUCCGGAGCCAUCACCGAGUAUCUCAUCGAGCAAUACGACAAAGACCACACACUAAGCUUUGCCUCUAACACCACCGAGUCCUGGCACGCAAAGCAAUGGCUUUACUUCCAAGUCUCCGGCCAGGGCCCGUACUACGGACAGGCGUCCUGGUUCAAGAAGUUCCACCCCGAACAGGUGCCGAGCGCACUCACACGGUAUGUGGACGAGAUGAAGCGCGUAACUGGGGUCUUGGAAGGCCACUUAGCGAAGCAAUCCAAAGAUAAUGACGGGCCUUGGCUGGUGGGAAAUAAAUUGUCCUUUGCAGACUUGUCGUUCCUCACCUGGCAGAAGAUCAUCACGUGGGUGGUGACAAAGGAGGAUGGCUUUAAUCCUGCGGAGUUUCCGUUGGUUGCGGAGUGGAUGGAGAAGAUGCUGGCGCGUGAUAGUGUCAGGAUAGUAAUGGGCGAAUUAAAGCCUGCGGCAUGAUGUGCGGAUGAGGCGAGGAAGUUGACGGUUCAUGGGGGAUGAUGAUUUAGAAAGAGGCUGUUCAUGUGUGAUAACUGCGGCUACUACUACGGUCUUUUCAGUCUUUACAAUAUGUCU